AACUGUGUCCAUAGCAACAACAAGCCAACGUGCUUGACCUGGUUGUGUAUGUAAUUGGUAGAGUACUUCCGGGGCACAUUUAUGCAUGUUGCAGCAUCACUUUUAUUCCUAGUGUUUUCAUUGUUUUUGUCUACCUUUUUCUAAGAAAAUGUCUCGGGGGUCAAGUGCCGGUUUUGAUCGGCAUAUCACUAUCUUCUCACCGGAGGGAAGGCUCUAUCAAGUCGAAUAUGCUUUCAAGGCUAUUAAUCAGGGGGGGCUCACGUCGGUGGCUGUCCGGGGGAAAGACUGUGCAGUGGUGGUCACGCAGAAGAAAAUACCAGACAAGCUGUUGGAUUCAUCAACUGUCACCCACCUCUUCAGAAUCACAGACAGCAUAGGCUGUGUAAUGUCAGGAAUGACAGCUGACAGCAAAUCCCAAGUCCAGAGAGCCAGAUACGAGGCCGCCAACUGGAUGUACAAGUACGGUUACGAGAUCCCAGUGGACAUGCUCUGCAAGAGGCUUGCUGACAUCUCCCAGGUCUACACACAGAAUGCGGAAAUGAGGCCUCUGGGCUGCUGUAUGAUCGUGAUUGGCAUGGAUGAGGAGUUGGGCCCACAGGUGUACAAGUGUGACCCAGCCGGCUACUACUGCGGUUUCAAGGCCACAGCGGCAGGGGUCAAGCAGACAGAGGCAACCAGCUUCCUAGAGAAGAAAGUAAAGAAAAAACUAGACUGGACCUUUGAACAAACUGUGGAGACAGCGGUCACCUGUCUGUCAACAAUUCUUGCCAUUGAUUUCAAGCCAUCCGAGUUGGAAGUAGGAGUUAUUACCACUGACAACCCAAAGUUCAGGAUUCUGACUGAAUCAGAGGUAGAUACCCACUUGGUUGCUCUGGCAGAGAGGGAGUGAAAGGAGGUGGAAGAGAGAGAGUGAGAGAGAGAGACCUUUUGGACCCAGUUACAGUGGUGCAAGCCUUGUUUCAUGUAUAUUUACCCUGUUCAAUUAAAGACAUUUUUGAGUAAAACAAA